AGAAGACCAUCAUCGAUAGUCAUUAACGUUAUUUUAAAUGUAUAGAUCUUGAAAUUCCAAAGAUUGUAGAUUCGACCUCUCUGUUUUAAUUUGGCCAGAUUUCUUUUGUCUCUGUUCGGACUAAUUAGGACACAGAAAAUGUGCUGUUAUCCCUAUAAUCCAAAGAAACGGAUUAAAUCAGUUAACUUUCUUUUCUUUUUUCUAUGGUAACACUUCCCCAGGAAUUUCUUAGAAAUUAGCCUUGUAAUUGGGAGUUUAUGUGUAAAGGCUUGUAUUGGAAGUUUCAUGCCUAUUGCCUGUUACUCUGUGACAUUGUAGCUGGCUCUGAAUUAGCACAUAAUGAAAAUUUUGUUCCAGACUGAUCAUACUUGUGCUGUUGCAUUUACUGCCCUCAUUUGGAAAUGUAGCCUCCAUUUCAUUGCUAUUGCAUAAGUAUGAUGAUUGCUGCCUUUUCUCACACCUUGUGUCCUUUCCUCAGAUACUUGGCUAUUCGUGUUGAAUGUUGUUAUAUUGAACUAAACGUAUAUUCAUGCCUCCCUGUACAAGGUCUUCCUUGAAGGCAGCCAGACAUAAAGCUGGCGUUCUCUGUGAUAGUGUGCAGUCCAUUUCGGGCGAAAAUGACUUGAAACUCUGCAUUACAAAUUACUUCAAGGGAACAUCAGGGAAGUAUAGUCAGAAAUCUGGCCAGGCACCUCUUUAUACUGAUGAUGAGUGUGAGCAGGAAAAUAAGAUGGCAAAACUUCAAAAAGGAAAGAGAGCAAUCCUGUUAGAUUCAACUGAUGAUCAUGUUGAGGUUGUGGCUCCAAAGAGGGGAAAAGCUAUGAAUAAGGGGAAGCUGAAAAGGCCUAAACGUACAAGGAAGUUUGGCAAUUCAAGCCCUGGGGAAGUAAAUACUCAGUCAUUUGAAAUUGACAGUAUUAGCUCCCACUUCAGUGAGAGGAAAGAGUCCAGCAUGUCUCCAUCAAUUGGUAUUCCUUCCCCUCCUGCCCCUACCGACGACAUGUAUCAUUUUUGGACAGCUUUGCAAGCGCUCGGAGCAUAUCUAGCGGCAGCAGAAGGGGAUUUGUUAGAGGAUGAAACGGAAGAUGUCUUUGUGCUAUGUUAUUGUGCCAUGUUAUUGUACUAUGUUUGGAUAUUAGAUGUCAAGCGCUGUGGCCCUGGUCCAAGGUAGACAUUUUGUCUGCAGUCACCAUGUCAUUGCACUAUGUUAUUGCUUAUGUUUGGAUAUCAGAUAUCAUGAUGCAUGGUUGGAUAUUGGAUUUUCUAAAGCUGUUUACGCGCCAAUGUCAGCUGAAGUAGUACUCGUGGUCAUGAACUUACGUGUUUGCAGUAUUGAUAGACGUCUUUGUUGGUAGCUUUUAGUUCGUGGCUGAGUUCCUUGGUUUUGGAUAAGUGAUGGCACAUAUAGAUGAUACGAAAUGGUGGCAAAUCUUUAUGAUGGCUGUUUCAUGCUUUCAUCA